AUGCAUCACCACACAUCCAUUCCCUCCAGUACAGCAGGAAACUGCCUGAGGCCCUUGGGCUGGGUAUUUUCAGGAAAAUCUACCCAUUUUUAUAACAAGGAGCUAGGAGCUGGAAGGAAAGGAGUAUUCUGUCAGGAUAUUGAGCUGCUUGGAGCUAAGGUCAAGGGAUCCAGUAGAUGUGGAGGUGGAGAUUGCAUGCAGAGCACUUCCCUUGCACUGGAGUUUAACUCAACAUCUUACUUCACCAAAGAACAAGAGCAUACUCAGGCUGAAGGUCACUUGCAUGUAUGCCUUCAAAUGGACCAAGGUCCUGAAACUAUGACAAGUGUUUCACCAUCAGAGCUGUUAGUUGCUGAAGCAGCUGCAUGUUUGAUGAAGGGGUUUAACUCUGUUGUGGUUAUGCAAGAUGUUCUCAGUGGCUUUUCCAUACAUCAAGGUGAACAAGAGGAGCUGCCUGCAAUGCUUCUCUUGACCCUGGCUCAUGAUAAAGCAACUGAUGCCCUGCAAGCUGUGCCAAAUGCUCCCAUCACACCCAUAAUCCAAUUGAUUCAGGCCUUGUUCACAAAAUCAAAGUCAGUGCUUGCAAUGAAGCUGUCUAUUUCUCCAAAUAAAUCCACUCCAAUGUUCCAGGAUACAUUUAAGGAUGCUAUGACACACUUUAACCACUUCAUUAAAGUCCACCAGUGGAACUCAUGCAGUGUGGAACAAUUACUCCAGCUAACAACUCAUGGUGCAUUUGUUCUCUGUGCCAAUGGGCAGCCAGGCUUUGAUCUGUGUGGUGCAGGUGUUCUUGAUGACAGUCAGAAUAUUGCCAAGACCAACUCCUUUGUGAUUCUGGCCCAGGUCAAAAAUGACCCAAGUUAUAUGGACAAGCCAGUGUUGGGUCUAUUUGGACUACCUCCCAGUCUAUGUCUAUUUGGUCCAGUUAAACAGGCAGAUAAAACUAUCUGGAAUGGCCUGUUGAAGGCAUCAUGCUCAUGGGAACAGCUUUAUAAAACUUGUGGUGCUGCACAAACCUUGUGGAGACAUCAAAAUCCUGGUGCUGCAAAACAUGGGGAUCAUUGGGACCAGUGA